UGUCACAUCGGAGUUCACACGUUGCUGCAGGCAUUCCCGUCCACUGCUCGUUUGGAUUUUGUGUGUUUAAGUAGUUACUGUCGUUAUAUUUGUCGAAAACUUAUAAUCGGCCAAAAUGUGUGACGAUGAACCAUCUGCUCUGGUCGUGGACAAUGGCUCCGGAAUGUGCAAGGCUGGCUUCGCCGGUGACGAUGCUCCACGUGCCGUCUUCCCCUCGAUAGUGGGCCGCCCACGCCAUCAGGGCGUGAUGGUGGGUAUGGGUCAGAAGGACUGCUAUGUCGGCGAUGAAGCGCAAAGCAAACGUGGUAUUCUCUCCUUGAAAUAUCCCAUCGAGCAUGGCAUCAUCACCAAUUGGGACGACAUGGAGAAAGUGUGGCAUCACACAUUCUACAAUGAAUUGCGUGUGGCUCCAGAAGAGCACCCAGUUCUGCUCACCGAAGCACCACUGAAUCCCAAAGCUAACCGCGAGAAGAUGACUCAAAUCAUGUUCGAAACCUUCAACUCGCCCGCCAUGUACGUCGCCAUCCAGGCUGUGCUGUCCCUAUACGCCUCCGGUCGUACCACUGGCAUUGUGCUGGACUCUGGUGACGGUGUCUCGCACACAGUGCCCAUCUAUGAAGGUUACGCCCUGCCACAUGCCAUCCUGCGUCUGGAUUUGGCUGGUCGCGAUUUGACUGACUACCUCAUGAAGAUUCUGACCGAGCGCGGCUACUCGUUCACCACCACUGCUGAGCGUGAAAUUGUGCGCGACAUUAAGGAGAAGUUGUGCUACGUCGCGCUGGACUUUGAGCAGGAAAUGGCCACGGCGGCUGCCUCCACAUCGUUGGAGAAGUCCUAUGAAUUGCCUGAUGGCCAAGUGAUCACCAUUGGCAACGAACGUUUCCGCACGCCCGAGGCGCUCUUCCAACCCUCGUUCUUGGGUAUGGAAUCGUGCGGUAUCCACGAGACCGUCUACCAAUCGAUCAUGAAGUGCGAUGUUGAUAUCCGCAAGGACUUGUACGCCAACAAUGUACUGUCUGGCGGCACCACCAUGUACCCAGGUAUUGCCGAUCGUAUGCAAAAGGAAAUCACUGCCUUGGCUCCGUCCACCAUCAAGAUUAAGAUCAUUGCCCCACCAGAGCGUAAAUACUCCGUCUGGAUUGGUGGCUCCAUUCUCGCCUCUCUGUCCACCUUCCAACAGAUGUGGAUCUCUAAGCAGGAAUACGAUGAAUCCGGCCCUGGCAUUGUGCACCGCAAGUGCUUCUAAGCAGUCGGUGCAGUCACCAAACCAACACCAACAACCAGCUGAAACGAAGCGCCCUAAACGCUGGACUGGCCAUCAUUCAGCUACAGCUUGUCAAGCCUUCUGGCUUGUGGAACACAUACAUAUCUACACAUUAAUGAGAAGGAAUAGCAAAUAUAAAAAAGGAACAUUAAACACAAACCCACUCAAAGUCAAUCCCUCAGAAUUUCUCUGUUUCUUUUUUCACGCGAUUCGAUUUUCUUUGAAUUUAUUUUCUAGAUUA